CUUCGCUUCCAAGCUUCAACCCUCUCCCCCUCUCUCUCUCUCUCUUUCUUUCUUUCUCUCGAGAGAAUCCAUGGAGACGGCCGGCUCUGACCGGAAGCCGGAGAAGCGGACAACCGCGUUCUCCAGCUACUUCCGCUUCAAUGUCGUGUUGACGGCCUUCCGAUUGCUCGAGCUCGGCUUGGCUCUCUUCUUCCUCCUCCGAGUCUCCACUCGCGUCCCGCUCGCCGUGAGACUCUCCUAUGAGUACUCCUUCCUCCUCCUCGGCUUCGUCGCGCGGCCGCUGUUCGCCUUCGUUCUCUGCAACGCCAUUAUCGUCGCCCUCCUGGCCAGGGCCUGCCGGUUCUGCGCCCAUAGACCGGCCGAAGACGGCGCGGUCGAGGAGCUGUACGAGGAGAUCGUCAAGAUCAGCGAGAGCCGGGCCAGGCCCGCGCUCCCUCCGGUCCGCGAAGCAGAGGAGGUCGUGUACGAGGACAAGGAGAUCAUCAGCGAAGUCAGCACGGCCGCCCGAGCUCGAGGAGGCGACGCCGGCGUCUUCGAUUUCGAGGAAGAGGUCCCGGAGGAGGACGGGGACGAGGAGGAAGAGUGCCGCGGCGUUCCCCUGCCGCCGGAGGCGGAGAAGCGGCGGAGGACGGAGAGAUCCGGCGGGGAGCCGCGGGAGAGCUCCUGCGGCAGCGGCGACGAGGAGAUGAGCAACGAGGAGUUCCAGCGGGCGAUCGAGGCGUUCAUCGCGAAGCAGCUGAGGUUCCGGCGGGAGGAGACGUCGGCCAUCGUGCUCCAAGAGCCGCCCACAGGUCGAGCGCCAAAGCUGAUUUCAAAUUCUGUUGCACAGUAGAGAUAGAGAGAG